AUGAGGUUCCCUGCAAGUGUAAAUAUAAGUACUUAUCAGGCAUAUAGAAAUCUGGAUAGUGUAGAAGUAGACCGCGUUUUAAAAGCAGAAAAUUUUGAGUGGGAUUCAGAACACCCAAAAUCACUAGCCACAUUGUGUGUUGAAAGAAUAAGCACCAACUGGGCCGGAAUUCCAAAGCUCGAAGAACUUGUACCAAAAGAUCGGGAAUAUUUCUUGCAAAUAUUGGAUACAAACGUUCCGUUGCAAUUGUUGGUCGACAAUAUUAAAAAUGAUCUAUUUUGGGAACGCUGUUAUCAGUCUAAAUGGUCUGAACUACCCGAAUCAGUGAGAAAUAAAAAGUGGAUAAAUAUUUUCGUGGAAAAAUAUUACGUCGAUAUUUUGGAAAAUAUGAUUCCGCGUGAAUACGACCCCGAAAAGGUACACGAUAAAAGAAUUCUAAUUAAGUAUGCAAAUUAA